AUGGUCGGAUCAUUAUUCAACUACCUGGGCUUCGGUGGCUCAGCCGCUCCACCGCCAGCAGAGAAGACCGCUGUUCGCGCUCUGCCUGGCAACUGGUAUACCUCCGAUGAGAUGUACCAGCUUGAGAGACGCGCCAUCUUCUCCCGCAGAUGGCUCAUCAUCACACACAAGUCAAGACUUCAGAACGCAGGUGACUGGCUCCGUUACAGUAUCGCCAACUACGAGUUCAUAGUCUCCAAAGACCGACAGGGCGAAAUCCAUGCUUUCCACAAUGUUUGCCGACACCGAGCCUAUCCCGUCGUAGAGCAAGAAGCGGGCAACUCGAAAAUAUUCUCAUGCAGAUACCAUGGUUGGUCAUACGGUCUGAACGGCAACCUAGCAAAGGCCCCUGGCUACCAAAACCUCCCCACCUUCGACAAGGCCAAGAACGGACUCCUUCCCAUCCACACACGUCUUGACAGGAAUGGCUUCGUGUGGAUCAACAUGGAUUCGAAGGAGGUGCCAGAUGUCGCUUGGGACGAGCAGUUCGGCGGUGCAGACGAACAAGCACGAUAUGAUAAAUUCAACUUUGACGACUACGUCUUCGACCACACAUGGAACCAGGAGGGAAACUACAACUGGAAGAUCCUCUCUGACAACUUCAACGAAUGCUACCACUGCAAGACGACACACCCAGAUAUCGGUGCCAUUGUCAGCGUCGAGUCUUACGACGUCCACUGCAAAGCUGAUCACAUCCAACACGACCCCGCAACGACACAGGAACAGCGCGACAACGGCCUGGAGAUUGCUUCGACUUAUUUCUUCCCCAACGCCUCCAUGACAGUCACCCCGCACUUCAUGUUCAUGCAAAAGUUCCUCCCCAGCUCGCCCACAAAAUCCGUCAUGUACUACGAGGUCUGGCGCAACAAGAACUCUUCGGAAGAGGACUUCUUGCUCAUCAGCCAGAUGUACAAGCGCGUCAUGCAAGAGGACAAAGUACUGUGCGAGCGCUCGCAAGAAAACAUCUCAAACGGUGUCUUUAUCAACGGCGAGAUGCACCCACACAUGGAGAAGGGCCCGCUGUUUAUCCAGAAGCGAUGCCGUGAGGUGGUCAUGGAGCACAACAAGCGCGAGAAGGCGGCGGGUAAGCAAUUGUGGCCUGCGAAACAACAGCUGGAGAACGUGGGCAACUCGGUGAUUAGCAAUGAGGAUGUGGAGUUUUGCGAGGGCCUGGCGUGUGGGAAUGAUAACGAGAAGAGCGAGUUGGCUUGGUGA